GCAUGAAGUAAAAGGAGAUGCUGAUGAUGGAGAAGAGGAUAAAACAGAUCUUAUGGAUGUAGAAGAGCAAGGGACUGAUGUUUUCGCAUCAUCAGUCCUGGAAACUGGACUUUUAGCAGAUUUGCACCAGCAACCGCAACUGCCUAGUGAUGCGUUUCAUGAGUUCUUGGCAGACAUGCUUGGGUCCAACGUAGACUUUUCUCCUGAUGAUUCAUCAACAACGGGGCGAACUACAGCUACCUCAUACGUUGUCACUGGGCUCAAUUACCCGCACUUGAGCAUGAACAAUAAAUCAGCAGCCAUUCAUCAUGAUUCAGGUUUGUCCGCAAACGUUGACCAAAACCCAGCGCUUGGGGAGUUAAUUUUUGAACAGUUUGCUUCAGCCCAACCAAAGGGAUUUGGCUCCCCUACUCGGCAUUCCCUGCUACCUGCUCACACUCAGCUCACUCUCCUUAUCUGCCUUCAAUUACCAGGUUUCUCUUCCAGUCUUCUUCUAGGCCUUCAAAGACCAAAAUGUAUCCCAGCGACUGCCAGUGAGGCUCAGGGUGAUUGGCACCGAUCAUCUGCAUCUGUAACCAUACGCACACAGAAUCGUUUCUCGGAUCUUGUCCAAUUGAUUGCUUGCCUUCUACUACCCGACUAUCAGAAUUCUUCACAGCUCCACGAGGGCUUCUUUUCUAUUGGUCCUGAUACUCAUCUGGUAUCAAAGAGUCUCUUUUGUCCUGCAAACUUGCUUCAUCACUUGCGCCUGCUACCGCUUACUGCAAUGAUGACGCACUUUCAACACCUCGCCCUUGCAUCUAACUUCCGCGAAACCCUAGGUAUUGCUUGCUGGCGUAUUGGCAUCGUGCAUCUGUUACUUGGCUUCCUUGAUGCUCUCGUAGACCCUUUCGUCCGAAGUCAACAGGACCCUAGCAAUGAUAAAACUAGACAAAUUUACGAUCACCGAAUGCACUAUCUUCGCAAACGCCUUUAUCCGGCAACGCUUAUUCCCGCCACCAAGCCUCAUCUUGUCUCCUCGGCUGAGGCCUCUGUCGCCGAACCUACAGAACCAGAAACCCCAACUUCCCAAACCAGUUUCUUCAGCCUUCUGCAUCAACUAGACCCAGCCUCCCUACAGCUUAGUUUAUACGCUCAAGCCGAUUUUCGGGCGGAGCUUGCAGUGCUGGUACAGCAAGCCAAUCUAGAUCGGUCAGCACCUGGAGGACAAGCUUCAUCAGGUAGUCUGCCUCAUAAUUUCUCAACUGGUGUUACAGAUCCAGGUUCCUGUGAAGACUCUUUAUACUGGGCUAAAGGAACUGGUUUCGCUACUGGUGGCUAUACUAGUGCCUGGAAUACGGAACUGGCUGAGUCAAAAACUGUUCAUGAGGAUGCUUAUGCUGUAAUACUUUACUCGACUUUGGCCAGUUUUAUCUCAGCUUUCUGCAUUGUUGAAGGAUCUGCCUCUGCUAACCAGUAUGCUGAGUUUAUUCAUCCGCACAGUAUCUCAACUCGUUCAGCACCUGGGGCCCAACAUUUUCUGCAUCAAAAGAGCAAAUCGGCUUGGCAUCUUUCCGCAAGUUUGUCGUAUCUGUUGACAGGUUAUAGAUUGCCAUUCUUAAUGCAAUCACACUUACGUAAUGACUCCGCUCUUGAUAUGGCCAAACGCGUCUCUCUUUAUCGGUCUUUGAUCGAUUUGAUACGGGCCAUCUCCCGAACCCCUUCUCUGCAUUGGCUUCUUGUUGCUGACCCCUCAGAGUCGACGCCCCCUGCUCUCCCGCCUCCCUCAUCUUGUUAUAAAGUUUCAAAGCAAAUUAGCACUAUAACAGUGAAGACGACGCCUUUCCUAUCGAAUACAAAUCUGCCUACAAAUACAGAUUUCCAGGAGGUUGAUCAUGAGGUUGAACUUUCCAGUGUCAAGGAGGAUGAACCAGUCGAUUCCGAGUCACUUCAUCGUAGCUCCAACGUUGUUGGCCUAUUAUGUCGAAUGCAUGAAUGUCUGGACACCUACGAUCGUCAUCUUAAGAAACUGGGAAUCUCUCAGAUAGCCGGUGGACUCGAACAAUCUGUUAAUCAGGCUAGCAGCAGUGGGACCCUCAAUCCUCAGAUCAAAGAAAAAUCUGGCAAUUCGCGUUGCAAACUCGUUCGCCAAGCCGCAAUUCGUUACCCAUCACGGAGCGUCUUAUCUUCACUAGCCAAUAAUACAGCUCUAGGCUCUGGUCGCACCGGACCACAGUCGAGUAACCGCUCCAGACGCUCUCUUCUUCGGCGCCACUUGCCUGGUUGUCGGCGAGCACAGUUGCUAUCUUCUUUCAUUUCUCCUUCAUCUUCGUCAUCAUCUUCAUCUUCUGCUUCCUUUAUUUGUGCUUCUUCUCCCUCAGGGUCUUUAGCUUCAUGUUUUACUGAUUCUUCUCCCAACCUUGGUUUAGCCUCACUAUCCUCUUCUAGUCUCACCUCGUCAGAUUCAGAGCUAUGUGAUUUAUCUUGCGUCCGAGCCAGUGACUCGGAGUUGUUUCGAACUGUUGAUUAUUAUGGCCGAACUUCUCGGCGGAUCCGACGUCUUCGUUGGAGUCGCAUGCUUUCCAGCUGUUUAUCUCUAUCCCGAGUUGAUGGGCCUUUUAUUCCCUCUUUGCCAUUAUCACCUCGGAAAUCCGAUGAAACCAUUAAUUUAUGCUCUACUGCUUCCUCCUAUUCCAGCUCGGUCUCUAUGCCUUCUUCCUCUUCCUUAUCAUCACCAUCAUCAUCCUCUUCAUUAUUAUCAUCCUCAAUUUCUUCUUUAGCAAACGCGACUCGUCUGCUUGAUGUAGAUGUCCCCUCUCAACUAGAAGAAAGAGAUAUCCCCUUGUGUAAGGAGUUCAGAAAAGCUGACAAUUCUGAUAACCACACUAAGUCACUAGUGAUUUCCGAUAUGACCUGCCAUCGACUUGCCUCAAUUGAGGGCACCAGUAGCUCUGAUGCUUCACUUAUCGUCAACUUCGAUACUUUAGCUAUGUCGGAUUCUCUUAUUUGGCCCCUUGAAGGGUUGGUUUAUGGUAGAGUCAGUUCUAAGGAAUUUUUGCAGUCAUCUAAGAAAACUGAUAAAGCCAUGACUUCUGAAAGUGAAUUAACCUGUAAUGAUUUACACUCAAACACUCAAGAAACCUCAAAAGUUGACCUUUGGGGAUCAAUUAUCGAGAUUGAUCCGGGC